AUGAUGUCUAGAAGUCAGUCAAGUCUGGGAUACUUGGACGCUGCCCAGGAUCCCUCGGCGCAAGGUAUUUCCCCGUCAUUCCAGCAGCAGUCCUCAUCAGGCCCGAUCAACCUGUCUGGUCUGGUGUGCAAUGUGCGCCGAACCACUGGCAAGGAGCCUCACCCCCUGGUCGGCGCGACCACAACUAUUUUGGGUGACAAACUAUACGUUUUUGGAGGCCGGAUUCUCUCACGCAGUCGCCCGCAAUUAACAUCGGAUCUCUACGAACUCGACCUCAUCCGGCGGCACUGGACUAAGAUCGAGGCGACCGGGGAUGUCCCUCCACCGCGGUAUUUCCAUAGUGUAUGCGCCUUGGGUGACAAUAAACUCGUUUGCUAUGGAGGCAUGUCGCCUGCGCCGACCACGCCCAAGGACCCGUCGAAUCCUGCUGCCUCGGGCUCAGAAUCUCAGUCCCAGUCCGAGGUGGUCGUCAUGUCGGACAUUCAUAUCUUCGACGUCCCUACACGGGAAUGGACCCGGGUCGCGGCUCACGAAUCGCCCCAAGGACGAUAUGCACACUGCGCUACAAUCCUUCCCUCUAGUGCCUCGUUUACCUCGGCCAGUGCGCCGUUGUCGGCCAUCCACCAUAAUCCAGAGUCGACCACGCCGCACCAAGGCUCCAUUGGGGUCGAUAUCGAUGGUUUCGGCGGAGCAGAGAUGGUAGUUGUCGGUGGCCAAGACAGUUCCAACCAUUAUAUUGAGCAGAUCAGCGUGUUUAAUCUUCGCAGUCUCAAGUGGACCAACACCAGUCCCCUGGGACGCAGCUGUGGCGCAUAUCGCAGCGUGGUUGCGCCCUUGGUCGGCAUGGACGUCUCCGAAGUAGGCUCAGCCGCACCCGACCGUGAGACUCACGAGCCGAUCGAGGAAACGGAGUCGCCCGGCUGUCCUAUGCUGAUCUACUCCAAUUAUAACUUCUUGGAUGUUAAACUGGAGCUGCAGGUGCGCCUGCCGGACGGGCGCCUUGUUGAGCGACCAAUGCAGAGCCAAGCAUCUCCCCCCGGGCUGCGUUUCCCCAAUGGUGGCAUUAUCAACGGCCAUUUUGUGGUUAGCGGUACUUACCUGACUUCAUCGAAGCAGGAGUAUGCACUUUGGGCUCUGGAUCUUAAGACCCUGACCUGGGGACGUAUUGAUGCUGGCGGGUCCGUCUUUGGCCAUGGUAGCUGGAAUCGCGGUAUUCUCUGGCCGCGUCGCAGUGCCUUUGUCAUUCUUGGGCAUCGCAAGCGAAGCCUGGUUGAUGACUAUAACCACCGACGCAUCAACUUUUCGCACAUUUGCUUGGUUGAACUUGAGGCCUUUGGGCUCUAUAACAACCCAUCACGGACCGCCUCUACGUCAGGAUAUAAAUCAUACAGCUCUCCCUCCGUUCCUGCAUCUUUACAGCAAAAGCUUUCUCAAUUGACGACCAGUGGCCGGCCUCUGUCCGCAGCGUCAGAUGAAUUAGGCAAGCUGGCCCUGUCAUUGCACGAAAUGUCAGACAUGGAGCUACAGGCUGUGGGUGGAGAACGAAUUCCGGUCAACUCCCGUGUCCUAGCGCGCCGUUGGGGUCCAUACUUUAUCCAGCUUCUUCGCGAGUCGUCCGAUGGCGGCGCUGCGGACGUUGGCACCCUUCGUCCGGCUCAAAUGCACCCCAGCCGAAAUUCAAGCAUUACCAUUACUCCAUCAGUUGGACAUAACAGCACCUACUCCAAUGCGACGACAUUGGUAAACCCUUCAGUUCCUUCCAAGGCCCUCCUCGAGAACUUGGAGGCUCCCUCUGCCCAUAGCCUCGCGCCAACCUCGCGGCCGCGUGUCCUUUACCUCCCCCACACUAUCCUCACCCUUCAAGUGCUUGUCCAGUACCUCUAUACCUCAGCCCUUCCUCCCCCUGGCUCCUCCCUGUGCACUCCUCAGAUUCUCUGCUCUCUCCUCCAACUUGCGCGCCCAUACCAGAUUGACGGCCUACUGGAAGCGACUGUUGAACGUCUACACCAAGUCCUCGAUGGACGCAACGCCGCAGCUGUCUUCAACGCCGCCGCCAUGGCCGCAGGCGGAGGUCGCGGCACUGGAUUCACCGGCGGCCUAGGCGGUACCCUGGAAGCUCUGAACGGAGCCAACAGCACCCGCAACGGCACUACCCCCGGCAUGUCGGAAGGCGGCACCAACUCCCAACAGAGCGUACUCCUAGCCUCCGACUCCUCCGACACAGAGCACGGCGGCAUCACCGCCCCAUCAGCCUCUAGCAGCACCAGUGACGUGAACAACCUCACCCGCGGUCUCCCAGCACUACGCAUCGACACAAACUUGUCCCAGUCACGUAACCGGCAACGAGGCCACCGCGAACGCGAAGACUCCAUCAGCAACCCCAGCACGGCGACAUCUGCGUCCAGCGCUAGCUUUGGCCAGUCCGACUCCGAGUUUGUUAGUGACAGCGAGAGCCGGGCGGCGUCACGCGCUCAUCACCGCCGCGACACGGACGCCGAGCUCCGCCCCGAGCGUGAGAUAUGGACUGGCGAUUUGAGCAGUGUUAUUGGUCUGCAGAAGCGUGGACUACGCGGGUUGAUGGAGGGAAGGAGGAUGCGUGAGCGUAGCGCAAAGCCGCCUAGCAUUAGCAGCGGCUCGACAUCUGUGCCUCCGUCGGCGGGCUCAGAUCACCACCUGCCCCUGCAGGGCGUGGCUGGUUGA